AUGGGAGGAAAGCAGUCUCGCCUGUCCGGUAAGGAGUUAGAGGAAGUCCAAGCUAACCAGAGGCGAAGGAGCACUUUGCGACCUGACGACCAGGGCUUAUCAUCGGCAGCCGAGCGAAUCCGGCGUCAUGCAACUGUUCACUUUGGCUUCAGCACGCUUAGCCUCGCCAUGCGUAGUCUAGACGAGCCCCCCGUGGAGCUUUGGGAACUACGCGAACUGCAAAAACUGAACUUGUCCAUGAACUGCCUGUGUUCCUUGCCCCCUACCCUUGGCGCACUGGACAAUCUGGUCAUCCUUAACCUCUGGGGCAACAAUCUUUCGAGUUUACCACCAGAGAUUGGACUCCUGAAGAAACUGCGUGUUCUUUUUGCCUGUCGGAACAGACUGAGCGAGGUUCCGGAGGAGCUGGGGUCAUGCACGUGCUUAGAAGUGCUCAGCUUGGCCAACAACCAGAUCUCGUCUCUGCCCAACAGCUUGGCGUCCAUGCAGAAUCUGACCAAACUUAACCUCAGCCAUAAUCGGAUCGCUAUCAUCCCGACUUGUGUCUAUAACAUGAAAAGAUUGGUGUUCUUGCAUCUUGCUUGCAAUAGACUGGAAACCAUUGCAGACCAGAUACAAGACUUGAUGUAUUUGCUGAAUCGGCUGGGGAAGUUGGCUUGUCACCCGCUGGAUAAAGGACUUCAUAUUGUUCAUAAUCCCCUCCUAAAACCAAUACAGGAGGUGCUCCAAGGAGGACUAAGUGCACUGUAUAACUACCUCAAACCUUCAUAA